CUAAUUGCAACAAUCUGCGUUCCGGGCUCCCGAACUGCCAUCGGACCAAACCACGACGCAAUACAACGAGUUGUGCGAAGCGCCAUUUGGGAGCCGACGCCGGAAGUUUUGUUGCAAACCCAAAAGGACGAGUCCGGGCCGAGAAUGGAGGGAUUUUGGGGAUUGCAAAAGGAGAUAUUUCGUUUCUGGACGCCGCUGACCGGGUAGAGCCCAUUGUUGCCGCUAUUGUGUUUUUUUUUUCUGCCGAGGAUCAGCAAAGGUUUUUGUUGAUGAGGCUCUGGGACGAACCGAAUAGAACCGAAACUGGUGGUUGGCCUAUGGAAAACGGGAGGAGGGUUCGGCUUCCGUAUGGUUUUGUGUUUGGUUCCUGUUCCGGCGACGCAACUACUACCGGGGGAUUCAGUGGGUUCGCUGCACCAUGACGGUUCGGUCAAUACCCAUCGGGUGGUUGAAUGGAUAGUAAAAUUCCCGGUAGCGCAGCGUUCGAUCUAGGUUUUCUUUACAUCCACGACCGAGGCACAAUGCCAAACAAACCAAUCUGAGACGUAGCCCGCGCUCCAGAUCGUCGAUGAAAAAGGGUUGGUCCGUGGAAUCACUCUAGCCCGCUCACGCGCUUUUGGAAGGGAUUUUUCGGAAUCGAAAUUCUCGCCGGAACAACGAGCUCGCAGGUGGAAUCCAGGAGGAAAAAUGAAAAAACUGCGCCAACCAGCAAACCCCAACCGAUCCCGAUCGGCUCCUUCCGGAGCGACAAUUCCUGUGUGCGGCUGGUCUCGGACCGUGUGCGUUCCGGGGAGAGCACCGCAGUCCGUGCGGUGGGCUCGUGUCCUGAGGGAUGCACGAGGCGUUGCACCGAGGGACACCGACGCAAAAGCUGCAAACUUUCGAAAGGAUUGGUUCCGGAAGAUUCGACGGGUCUGGUGCGACGCGAUGCAAUGCAAUGCGAAGUGAACUGCCGAGACGAUGCUAUGGAAUUCAUCGAAUGGAAUGGCGAUUGAUGUUCGCCGGAGGGUUGGGGGAAAGCAUACAAGUACCGCAUGCACGCAUAAACGGAAAAACGAUUGUCGUUUUCAACGCGCUCGGCUGUACUAUCUGUUUUAUUACAAUGGUUCUUUUGCAAUAAUUGCCACCAAACUGGUAGUAUUCCCUAGAAUGAAUCGAUCGGUUCUUCAUAGGGCAGUGUGGGAAUUGCUUCCCCCAGUCGGACCCGCGUGCUGUUCCGACGGCCAACGAUGCUUUGCGAGGCAGCAGCGGUCGUGAACGAAAAAUACUUUGGUUGUAAAACGCAGCAUUGAUUUCUGGCGUUGGUUCUAUGGGCAUGGCAUCUCUCUCGAGUUGGAUUUGCAGUUUCGCUCUAGCAAGUUCCUUUUUGCCGUUGAAAUUUUCCGAGUACUAGACGCGUGUGUUGCGGAUUUGUUCUCGGCGGUACGAUUUUUGCUCGCGCUGGUCUGGGUGACCUCGUGGACAGUGAAGAUUCCAAGAGCCUUUUGCAAUCGUUUCGGCUUUUUGUGGUUUCCUCCUCGAUCAUGGAUCCUGUUCGCCUGGCCCUGUUGUUUCUUUGCAGCAGAAAAGCUCUCGUCCGCACCUGGUCUUGCGACUAUUGUGGCGAAUGAGACGAACGCGAUCCAUCCAAGAGACACGGAACCAAUCGGGUACUCCGGUGCCACCGCAUACGCCGGCGUUCGGUGCAUUCCGAACGGCAACACCGCCGUUGCGAUUGGUUCGCACGCGGAUGCCGGUGGUCGUAAGUUUUCGUUGCCGGGGAUCGCAAGCUCUUCUGCUGGUUUUUUGCUCCGACGCGGGAGUCGACGCCCCUCGAUCCCCCGGCGGGUGGACUCGCCAGAGCCACCGGGAGUGCUGUUUUUGUUUUGUCUCUAGUGAAUGGCUGGUUCCUUGGGCACCCUACUCGUAUCAUCGGGCCUUGGGUACGGAGCUCCUCUUGUUCGACUCGGUCCUUCGGCCUGAGCGUUGAGCUCCUCUUGUGAACAACGCCAUCCAGUGGAACGAGCAAAGCUACUGGGUUCUGUUUUCAGCGUCCGUAUUCAGCGUCUGUAUUCCCCUCCGUAUUCGCCAGCACCAGUUUCCGAAACGGCGUCCUCGGAGGCUGAUAGAAAUUCUGAUGCAAGUGUGUACAAUCAUUGGUAGCACUACUGGUUCUGCCUCCAUUCCUUCAAAAAGUAUGGCUGAACCUUCAAGUGGUAUGGCACGGUACUCGCAUGUUUCAAAUCUUACGAUGGGCCGAUAGAAAACAUGAUGAUGAUUCUGUGCAAGAUCAUUGGUACUGAACGUAGUACAAGGAGAUAAAUUCAUUAGAAUGCCAGAAGCUUCUAGUAGUACGUACGAAGUGUCAACUUUUUCGAUGGACCGAUAGAAAAUGCCAAUGGUUGUGCGGUAUGCAUAGUUGCCGGUAGUAUGACCAUUAUUUCAUUAGAAUGACACAAGUUUUACGUUUCGGUGGACGAGUAGAAAAAUCUGAUGGUAUGCAUAAUCGUUGGUAGUAUGACCAUUUCAUGGUCAUAGUGUAAAUGAAGAAAUUUUCAUCAGAACGCCAGAACAUUCUAGUAGUACAAGUAUGCACCAAGCGUUUCUGUUGACUCAAAGAAACUUAUAAUGGUACA